GAAUGCAAAAGCGAGCAUAUGCUAAGCUACGCGCAUAGUAUUUUUCGUUUCCUUUUCUAAUUGAACGUUUUUUUCCAAGCUUGAAACGUUUUUUUUAUUUGCAUAUAUUUUUCAGUGAAAUAUCACGGCAUUAAACGACGGCUGAACAAACCAGAUUUAAAAACAGCGUUAGAAACCUCCAUCAUUAUUGACAAUCCGAAUAUUGAACCCACCAAACAAUUUACAAUCGAACACUACAAAAAAUUUGCCCAAUUUUAACGCAAACUUUUCCAGGAAUGUAAAAGACACGAAAACUUGCCAGCUGAACUAAAAUUUAUAUCAACCAAAUUUUCUUACUUUCAGUUCGACAUUUUUAAAGUAACAAAGUUAAAGUAAUGAAUAAGCAACAAGUCAUUUACUAUAUUCAGUGACAUACCACUUUCCUUAUUUGAAUUGGUUUGAAACUUGCUCAACUUAACUUGGAUAUUAGACUAAAACAAACGUACGUGCGUUACGUAACAAUGGGCGUUAACGAAGAAGAAGGAGGUUUUGGCGGGAUCAAGACCCCCCGCGUGGUGUUGAUUGUGCUGAUGGUGUUCUCUGGCCUGGUGAUGGUGGGUAGUGGGAUCGCCCAUGGACCCUGGUUCAAGUGCAAUGACGUCAUCAGAUAUGGGGUGUGGCGGUGGUGUGCCAGCUACAUCUACUUCAGAUAUGUGGCUCCCAACGACAGGAUGCAAGUGGAUGAUUACGUGUUGGCAAAAGGGGUACGAUAUGGUAUGGAUGAUGAUACCAAUUUCAUGGACAACACGCACAUAUGCAGAGGCUAUGCCAAUGAACUGUACUACGAGAACCCAGCAUCUGGGGGCGAUGUGCCAGGUCCAAUCAUAGUAGGUAGGACAUUCAUCCUGGCCACCCACGUGACCACUCUUGUGUCCUUGAUGUUCUACUUCCUCGCCUACGCGGACAAACUGUGGGGACCCACCAGGGCCAUAGCAGUAUUACUCUCAACCAUAGCACAGUGCAUGUGCUUCUCUGUGUUCUGUAUCACCAUGGAGGCGUACCUGGACGGGGAGGAGACUCUGAUCAACCGGACUGUGGUGUGCUGGAACGGCAUCAUCGCCUGGAUCGGAUGGUGUCUCAGCGUCCUCCAGAUCCCAGUGAGCUUCGCCUACUUCAAACUGGACGACGGUAAAGUGGAUGAGAUAAUAUACCAGGGAUACCCGCAUGAUGACGUCAUGUCACACCCUUCCAUGACUCAUCACUCUCAGAGAGGUGGGGGAGGGAACUACGGAGGGGGGUACAAGUCAGCCGGAUCCCUCAUGUUCGGAACGACGAGUCCUCCUCCAAAUGAUGGAUUCUUCGACAACAACGGAGGCGGAAACAGUCAAAAUGGACAAUACGACUCAAGGGUUUAUAAUGACGGAGAUAUGUAUGCGUGAAAACAAACGGCUUUCCUGUUUUAACUGCCAGAUUAGCAGCAAACUUGUACAGCCCCCAAAGUGAUUUUUUUUAAUCGUAGGAGGUCUAUGUUUUGCGGGUUCGCUAUAAUCGGAAAGGGUCCAAUUAACGAAGACCGACAACUGACCCGCAAAAUAAAAAGGAUACUUUUAUUCAUUCUAUCUGAUUUUCACUGCAGCAAAUUAUGGCUCAUAUCAAAAUAGAAAUUUACAGUUAGAGUUACAGUUAUCUGCCAACUGAUUCGAUGUAAUUUAAUUGACUUUCCAGCAAAA